GAUUUAUCCUUACAUAUGGCGAUAAUAUGUUAUCAGUGUCGUCUACGCAUUUCAAAUCAAUGUUACCCUCUACCAUCUCUUCUACACUAUAAAUUCCCUCAGUUGAAAGCCAGACACCAUGUUCUUCUCAAUCCCUUUGUUUCUUACCUUGUGUUCAUUCUGUACUUUCACUUGCCUUUUCCACUGAACAUCAUCAUGUUUGACAUCCCUACCAACGCUUACAUAAAUCAUAUUACUCAAACACUGCAUGAUAAUGAAGCUUUUGCAGAAGGUCCCUUUCGAGAAUAUUUGGAGUUUACGCGGCUUGCUGCAAUUGCAAUAAACUUAAUCUGGUCCCCUGUUGGAAGAGUAAUCAUACGAAAAACACCGUAUACCCAGGUUUUUGUGUUUCGUUUUACUAUGGCAGGUGAUUUUGCAACAGCCAUCUAUGAAAACCCUAGUAGAGUGCAUGGAAAAUUGCUGACUCUAAGAUUUUGGUCCGCUGAUGUUAAGCUGCACCACCUAGAUUUUACGGUGCAUGAUUUCUGGACUAAGUUUUCUUUACGAGAAGAUUUAGUGGAAAGGGGAUAUGUUGCUAAAAUGUUGGCUGAUAAGGUUGGUGAAGUUCUGGUUAUGGUAGGUCUUGUUUAUAAGGCUAGUAUUUACAAAGCACAUGUUUUGGUCGACCUAACCACGCCACUUCGUCAUAAAAUCCGCAUUCGAUAUGAAUAUUUUGAAACACUGGAUGUUAAAGCCUACUUUGAUAGUCUUCCUCAUGCCACCUGCAGAUAUUGCUGGAAUAUUAAUCAUAAUCAUCUAACUUGUUCUGACAGUCAUCUUGAUUAUCGAUGCAAUAUGCCGACCAUUGUCUUUGAAGAUGAAGAAAAUGCACGGAUGAUUAUCGGAGGCAACAGAGUGCAGGGUCGAUGUACUACUCAUGGACUAGCUUCUGCGGUAUCUGGGUUGCGAAUCUAUGAUAGUGCUAUUGAUCAAGACCAACACAGUGCAAGGGAUCAGAAAAGACAAAGGAUUUUACAUGACGUUGUCGACCAGAUACGUGAAACUAAUUCAGCUGAUGCUACAUAUCAUCCAACGAGUCCCACAGACAAAGGUAAAAAUCUCAUGCCUCAUAUUGAAUCGGGGAAAGGUAAAACUGUGGUUACUGUUAGUGAAGAAACUUCAACGGGCCAGAAAAAAUUCGAUAAGCAACAACAGAAAUACAAUACUUGGGCUCGAAUGCUAAAUCAGUAUGUUGAUUUGGGGGUCCAGUCGGGUCGGAUCCAUAUUCGAGAUAAUACUCAUACCUCGACUUCAUCGAUGGUUCCAGAUCAGAAUCCACAAUUUAGUCCAGAAUGGGUAGAUGUUGCUGAGGAUGUUAGGGAUGAUGGAAUCCUUCCACGGAUUGUAGAAGAAAUCGUUCUUUCGAGUGAAGAUAUUAAUAUGUCAAGAAAUUUUGUUAAACGGGUUUAUCGUCUUCCAGAAGAUACGGCUGUAGUCGUUGAAGAAUUUCCAGCCCAAACAUGGACUACCGUUGAUGCUAUAGAGGAGGAUCCGGAUGGUGUUCCAGUUCAUUUGAGGCAGAGUUCAGAGUAUCUAGAGCAUCAGCAACAUGGUCUCGACAGCUUGGACAUCACCCAGUAGGCUUCUAUAGUGACAACCAAGAUGUGAUUAAGGCUAUCAAGAAGAACGAUUUUGCUGUUGACUGGAGAGCGCAACAAUUUUUGCUUGAAACUCAACGUCUCAUUCAGUUUUUUGCUUGUUCUUAUUUCUCUUAUGUAAAUCGGAAAUGUAAUGUUUUCGCAGAUAGGUUAGCUAAGUCCAUGCUUAGGAGCAGUUCAAGGUCUCUUAAUUCUGUAACCAUCCUGUCCAAAAACAAGCAUGGAUUACUAAACUGUGUACCAUAAAUAACGCUCACCAUGUAACUGUUUCCUAGUGUUAAUAUAUGUUUGUUUAUCAAAAAAAAAA